AUGGUUAGUGAGGAGACAAAAGAAGUUUUUCUUAUUCUUUUAGUUAUUAUAAUACCUCCUCUUGCUGUAUGGAUAAAAGAUGGAUGUGGAGCCCAAGUUAUUUUAAAUAUAUUUUUAUCACUUCUAGGUGCCUUACCAGGUAUUGUUCAUGCUGCAUGGAUUUAUAAAAACUUUAUCAAAAUAAACGGUUACUUUUCUAAUGUUUUACACAUAUAUUAA